CGGACGAGGAGGAGGGGGAGAUGGUGGUGGCGGCGCCGUGCGCCGCGCGGAGGUCGUUCAGGGACUCACUCAAGGUGCUGGAGGCGGACAUCCAGCACGCCAACACCCUGGCGUCCGAGUGCUCGCGGGACUACGACGGGGUGUGCGUGCAGAUGCGUGUGUCCUACAGCCCCGCCGCGCGCCUCUUCCUCUUCCUCCUCCAGUGGACCGACUGCAGCCUCACCGGCGCGCUCGGCCUCCUCAGGAUCCUCAUCUACAAGGUCUAUGUGGACGGCACCACCACCAUGUCCACCCACGAAAGGAUGGCACCACCAGCAUUGCUUGAGUUCUUGUCUGUAUUGCAAGGUGGUGAAACAGUGCGGGCGACUGGUGUGUUUCUAUAG